AGAGCAAAGGUAGCAGCGUGACAUUAAGCUAACAUGUCAGGAUCAAAGUUUGUUUAUCCUGCUUAUUUUCUUUAAAACGCCACACUUGGACUCUUAUCUCCGGCAAAGGAGAAUUUAUUAAGGAUAUCUCUAUCCGGCUUUUAAUCAUUUUAACAGCUCAAAUACCCUCAUCACCUGCAAAGAAGAAUUUAUGACAUUUGUAUCCAGUUUUGAAUCCAUAUAUAAGACGCACUGGGACCCGAGCUGUCUGCUGCUUGUCCGUUGUCCUUGGCCCGAGACCGGCCCGAGUCAUGGGCGGCAGCCUGGGUUGCCACCGCUCCAUCCCCAGAGACCCCGGCAACGUCAGCGGCAAAAGACGCAAGCUGAGCGCGGCGUGCAACUUCGGAAGCGUCCUGGUGAGGCAGGAGCGUCUCAACAUCAACGCCGCCAGCGAGGAGGAGCUCAUGACUCUCCCCGGCGUGGACCGCACCGUGGCCCGCAGCAUCGUGCAGUACCGGGACUGCAUCGGCGGCUUUAAAAAGGUGGAGGACCUGGCACUGGUGAGCGGAGUCGGCGCCGCCAAGCUGGAGGCCGUCAAAGUCGAAAUCUGCGUUUGGGACAGAGGGAGUUGGUCUCGGCACUCGCCGUCUUCCCCGCGGAAAGACCGGGGUCAGCAGCCGGGCGGCGGGCUGGACGUGAACACGGCCACACCUGCUCAGCUCAUGAGCGUUCCUGGUAUCACAGAGGAAAUAGCACGCAGUAUAGUCCGGGAUCGCCCCUUCAGAAGCACGGAGGACCUGCUGAGGGUGAAGCACAUCAGCCACCCUCUGCAGGUGUCGCUGGUGCCCUCCUUCACCGACACCAACGGAAGACCCCCGCACACGACCCGGUUGCACCCUGGCCCCACUUCCCUCAGCCUGAAGAGCGACACUGCGGGCCUCCCGCCCGGCGGACCCGCCCAGGUCGUUCCCGUGCGAGCGAGCGCGCAGACGGCGGCCGUGCUGCGGCACAGGAAGUGCGUGGUGCGCGUGGCCACGUGGAGCCUGCAGAAGUGUUCCUGCGACAAGGCCAACAACCCCGGGGUGAAGGAGGUGGUGUGCAUGACCCUCCUGGAGAACGACAUCAAGUUACUGGCAGUGCAGGACAUGUUGGAGAAAGGUGUACUACAAAAGUUCUGUGCGGAGUUAAACCAAGGUACUCUGGCUAGUGUUGGCAAGUGGAAGAGGCCAAGAGGCGUAUGGAAAUGUUUGGAGUCUGAAGAAGUUUGCUGCAAGGAAGUGAGCUAUUCUGGCUUUCUGUGGGAUUCCACUGGUGUGCAGCUCCUGGAUGCUGCACUCUUGGAGUCUGCCAAAAACUGUGAUGGAGCCUCCACAAGCUUCCUGGCCCACUUCUCUAUUUCUUCUCACAAAGUGGCUGUGGUGAACGUCCACAUGCGACCCACAGUUGGCAAGAAGCAGAGUGCAGGGGUCAAAGGUCGCCCCCUGUCUGCCAUCAUCCAGGAAACACUGAAAGGUGAGAAGGAGGUUGUGGUGCUGGGAGACUUUGGACGUCCUCCUCAGAGCGCUGAGCUGGACUUCCUGAGAAAAGAGAAGAUGUCUGCUCUGCUAGCAGCCAAGUACUUCACCAACAUCAGCACCACCUGCCCUCAGGGAACACACUGCCUGGACAACAUCUGGCUCAGCCGCUCUCUCAAGAAGAUCUACUCUGGACAUUGCACGGUCGUACGAGAAGGUUUGACCAACCCUUGGAUUCCUGACAAUUGGUCAUGGGGGGGCGUGGCCUCAGAUCACUGCCCCGUGGUGGCCGACUUUUCUGCUGACGCCGCACGCAAACGCGGAGGCGGGCCUGGAAUCAGCGCGUUGGAGCCGGCUGACCAGCCCAAACAUGAGCGAUGACCUCACUUCAACAACAAUGGUGACCACGUCUUGUGUAUCGCCUUGGACUUUCCUUUAUCAAUAAUGUCAUCAUCUACAAAAUACACACACAUGUGUGGAUGUAAUCGUGUACCUGUAUUUUGUACAUGAUGAUGUCAUCACCUACAAAAUAUACAUUACAUGAUGAUGUCAUCACCUACAAAAUAUACAUUACAUGAUGAUGUCAUCACAUACACAAUAUACAUACAUGAUGAUGUCAUCACCUACAAAAUAUACAUUACAUGAUGAUGUCAUCACCUACAAAAUAUACAUUACAUGAUGAUGUCAUCACAUACACAAUAUACAUACAUGAUGAUGUCAUCACCUACAAAAUAUACAUUACAUGAUGAUGUCAUCACAUACACAAUAUACAUACAUGAUGAUGUCAUCACCUACAAAAUAUACAUUAUAUGAUGAUGUCAUCACAUACACAAUAUACAUACAUGAUGAUGUCAUCACCUACAAAAUAUACAUUACAUGAUGAUGUCAUCACAUACACAAUAUACAUACAUGAUGAUGUCAUCACCUACAAAAUAUACAUUACAUGAUGAUGUCAUCACAUACACAAUAUACAUACAUGAUGAUGUCAUCACCUACAAAAUAUACAUUACAUGAUGAUGUCAUCACCUACAAAAUAUACAUUACAUGAUGAUGUCAUCACAUACACAAUAUACAUACAUGAUGAUGUCAUCACCUACAAAAUAUACAUUACAUGAUGAUGUCAUCACCUACACAAUAUACAUACAUGAUGUCAUCACCUACAAAAUAUACAUUACAUGAUAUCAUCACCUAACAAAAUACACUACAUGAUGACAUCAUGUUCAUGUACUCUGUACAUGUCACGUACAAAAUACACAUGUAUGUGAUGAUGUCAUCGUGUUCAUGUAUUUUGCACAUAUCACCUACAAAAUACACAUUACAUGAUGAUGUCAUCACAAGCACAUGACGAUGUCAUUAUGUACAUGUAUUUUGUAGAUUGACAUGUCAUCACCUAUAAAGUACACAUUACAUGAUGAUGUCAUGUACAUGUUUUUUGUACAUUAAAUUGUCAUCUAUAAAAUACACAUUACAUGAUGUCGUCAUCACAAGCACAUGAUGAUGUCAUUAUGUACAUGUAUUUUGUAGAUUAACAUGUCAUCACCUAUAAAGUACACAUUACAUGAUGAUGUCAUGCACAUGUAUUUUGUACAUUAAAUUGUCAUCUAUAAAAAUACACAUUACAUGAUGAUGUCAUCACAUGCAAAAUACUCAAGCACAGGAUGACGUCAUCACUUACAAAAUACAUAAGUACAUGAUGACAUCACGUACAAAAUACAUGUACAUGAUGACAUCAUUACGUGCAUGUGCAUUUUGUAGGGGAUGACGUCAUGGAGUAUUUUGCCCCCUGCUGGCCUGCGUUCACAGGUAGAUGUUUCCACCACCUUUGAUGUUUUACUACCAUUUCUCUGACUUGGUGGAAUAUUUCCAUCUUUAUGUGAAAUGAUUGGAAUGACAGUCUGAUGUUAUUUUUCAAGACUAGUAGCAAAUAAAAGUGUUUGUAGUCAAGGCGCCACCUUGUGGUGUGACUAUCUAAUCACAUUAGAUUCACUUUGGCAAUAAAAGUCACUCAUGGAACAUUUUUUAUUCUUUUCUUAAUUGUUUACACCAUUUUCUCAUCUAAAGGA